GAGCAGCGGCAAGGAGGCGGCGGCGGCGGGCGAGCAGCGGCAAGGCGGCGACUCUGCGCGUGGGCGGUGGCUCGCGAAUAGCAGCAAGGCACAGACUUCGGUGAAGGUCGAGCAUUCUGUCGUCGAAGAUGGUGCACGUCGAGCUCGACCCUGCGGACGAGUGGUCCGAGUCCGACGUCUCGGAAGAUGUCUCCGACUCCGAAGUUGGCGAUGGCCUGGACUGGCUCGACGCCGUUGAGGGCCCUGAUGGCUCAGCCCGGCCAUCCGCCGCCUUCUCGACCGUCGGAGGCGUGGCCGUGGCGCGGAGGCCGAACGCCCACGGUGGCGUGCUCUCCCGCCCUUUUCAGCCGCUCUCCAACCGCACACAGAGGCUCGCCUCCCACAUGCGGGCCACGCCCUUGGAGGAGUGGGAAGGUAGAAUGAACGUGGGGAUGUCAAAUUCGGUAACGACUGCAAUCAGGGACAGCAUAAGGGACACAGCAAUUGGCAAAACAAGGAACCAUGAGAAGGCCGAUCGUGCUACGGUGGAACAGGCCAUUGACCCAAGAACACGCAUGGUUCUGUUCAAGAUGUUGAAUGGUGGUGUUUUCAAUAAUAUAAAUGGCUGCAUUUAUACAGGAAAGGAGGCAAAUGUCUAUCAUGCAACAAAGAUAGAUGGCCAGGAGCUAGCAAUCAAAGUCUAUAAAACCUCUGUCCUUGUAUUUAAGGAUAGAGACAGAUAUAUUCAAGGAGAUUAUCGUUUUAGAUAUGGUUACUGCAAGCAUAAUCCCCGGAAAAUGGUUAAGACCUGGGCUGAAAAGGAAAUGAGAAAUCUUAAACGAGUGAGAGCAGCUAAAAUUCGAUGCCCAGAACCAUUGCUCCAGAAGCUUCAUGUAUUGGUGAUGAAAUUCAUAGGGAAAGGAGGUUGGGCGGCUCCUCAUCUUAAGGAUGCUGCUUUGUCGGAUGACAAGCUGCGUGAAGCUUACUUUGAGAUUGUUACGAUAAUGAGGACACUUUACCAAAAGUGCAAGCUGGUCCAUGGCGAUUUGAGUGAAUAUAACAUUCUUUAUUUUGAGGGCCACUUACAUAUCAUUGAUGUUUCGCAAUCAGUUGACCUCGAUCACCCUUUGGCGUUGGACUUCUUAAAGGAAGAUUGUUUGCAUGUUUCUGACUUCUUUAAGAAACGAGGUGUUGGUGUCAUGACAGUAACAGAUCUAAUUAAUUUUGUGAUUGAUCGAAACAUUGUGGAUGACGAUGUGGACGAUUACCUAGAACAGGUUCAGCAAAAGAUGUUGGAGAAUGGAGAUAUACUCGCAAAUGAUGAUGAAAUAUCUCCAACAGUCAUGGUGCAGACGUUGGAUUAUAUGAAGCAGUGUGAGGCUGAUAUAGCCAACAUGUCAAUGUUGCAAGGCCCAUCCUUCUUGGGUUAUGAGCCACCAGCGGAUAAGCUUUAUAACCAGCCAUUGCUAGGAUUUGUGCGGGCUGAAAGAAACACGCGUAGUGAUGAAAAGCAGCAAGAAGAGUUGCCACAUAACGCAGUGAAUGUGCAAAAUAAGUGGUCGUUGCAAAGUACUCCCAAGAUGGGACCUGAGGAGAGGAAGGCUGCUCGGAAGGAGAUGAAGAAGAAAGUGAAAGAAGAGAAGAGAGAAAAACGGCAGACAAAGAGGCCCAAGGCCGUGAAGAAGAAGAAGAAAAUGGCAAAAGCAAAGUGCACGCGGUAGCAAUCUCUGCGGGCAACAUUCCGCCAAUUUAUUCUGAAUGAAUUCCGUGAGAUAGUGUUUAUAACGAGAAAGGAUGAUGCUUGUCCAGUGAUGACGCAAUCCAAUGUCACUGGAUUCACAGUCGUGUUUUUCUUGUUCUUUUUGCUUUUUAAAUUGCACAGCCCUGAAGCGUAGCAGGUGUUCCAGCAACCUUGCAAAUGGUGCCUUGCUAAUGUAGUUUUGUUUUGCGACUUUCCAGCUAAGAAAUGUUUCUCUUCUUGCUUGUUU